AUGGGUAAUCGUACGCGAAAUGUUCAUAACCUAAUUCGCGUUAAAAUAAUCAAAAAUGAUUGCGCGUCCUUAAAACAUUUAGUCCCGUCAAUUCUGUUAUCCAAUACGAUCUCGCUUGCUCCAAAAAUUGACGAAAUCGCUUAUACCAUCAAAACCGUUGAUGCCGAUUUUGCCCUAUUCACUGAAACUUGGUUGCGUGAUACCGUUCCUGAUAUUUCUAUUAAUAUCAAACAUUAUCAACAUUAUAGAAGAGACCGUGCCAACCGGCUUCAUGGAGGCGUAUGUAUGUACGUAAAAGAUUCAAUACAUUGUAAGAUCUUAGCAGACAUAAAUCACAGUGAUCAUGAAGUUCUUUGGGCUAAUCUUCGACCAAAACGCUUACCACGUGGUAUCUCAAAUAUCAUAGUAGCUGUAGUAUAUCAACCUCAAGCUGCGGACGACGCCACUAUGAAAGACUACCUUAAUUAUAUCGUCCUUGGAGAUCUUAGAGAUAAAAUACCCUUUUUGCGCAAUCGUACUAGCUGGAGACUUCAACAAAACGCUCCUCCCCUUGCUCCAGUCUGCUGUGAAAGUCUUUCAACUUAAACCGGUCGUUGACUUCCCUACUAGAGGAGAUAGAACUCUUGACCAAAUUUUUACCAACCUUACAGAGUAUUUUUCACCCCCGUGUAGUUUACCAGCAUUUGGUCUUUCGGACCAUCAAACUAUAUUUAUCUCGGCUAGAAUUCGUGAUAAAACCUCCAACGACGAGAGAUAAACGACCCAGUAAAAUAGCAAGUGUUGGUCGGUUUCUUCAACAAGUACCUUGGUCUGACUUGUUCUCCCCAGCUCAGUCAAGUGAAGAUAAACUUAACAUCCUUACAGAUAUAAUAAAUUUUGGCCUAAAUACCAUCAUGCCCGUGUCAACCAUCAAGAUACAUGAAUCAGAUCGGCCCCGUAUGAACACUAAUCUAAAACAGCUCAUCUCUCGUCGCCAAAAAGCUUUUACAUCUGGUAACAAUCCUCUCUACAAAAUUCUAAGAAACAAAGUCAACCCAGCAUGCAAACGCUGCAGAAAAUCCUACUACGUUAACAAAGUUAAAGGUGUACGAAAUUCCAAGCCCUGUGACUGGUGGAGAGAAGUUAAACAGAUUUGCGGCGCCAGUAAAAUCCCAAAACGGGACCUAACCUCAUUACUCCAUCCAAACCUUGUCCGUGAUAAGGUAUCUCUGGCUGAAAACAUCAAUUCGGCGUUUGUCAACAUAGUGAAUGAUUAUUUACCUCUGUCAGAUUGUAUACGUGUAGAAACGGCUGAUGAUCGACCAAUAUCUGUCACUGAACACUCUGUCGCAAGAAAGCUUUUAGAGCUAAAUGCUUCUCGUGCCAGUUGUCCCGACAACCUCCCUAACUGGGUACUUCAACAUUUUGCGUAUAUUCUAGCGGCCCCAUUUUGCUGAUAUCCUAAAUACUUCGUUCUUGGAAUGUAAAGUUCCUGAUGCAUGGAAACUUGCCAAUGUCUGUCCUCUGCCUAAGGCAUCUUCUAUCUGCAACAUCAAUGAGGAUUUAAGACCAAUCUCUCUAACACCCACCCUUUCAAAAGUUGCUGAGAGCUUCAUCAUAGGCAUUGCGUUGAAACCUGUUCUACUACCUAUUAUUGACCCAGGCCAAUUUGGGUUCAUUCCAGGAUCGUCAACUACUCUAGCACUAAUCUCUAUGUUCCACCAUUGUUUACGAGCUGCUGGCGGCAAUGCAUCCACUGUAAAAACCAUACUUUUAGAUUUCCGCAAAGCUUUUGACCUCGUGGACCACAAUAUUUUAGUCGCCAAACUGUUUAGUAUAGGCGUAAAACCCACGGCCGUCAGUUGGAUAAUUGAUUUCCUAAGACAUAGAAAGCAGAGGGUUAAACUAAACAAUAUCGUUUCCGAUUGGCUUGACGUUCCAGCAGGAGAGCCUCAAGGAACUCGUCUUGGUCCCUGGUUGUUUUUAGUACUAAUCAAUGAUCUUAAGCUACCUCAGGAAUCCUUACCUAUGCGGAAAUUCGCCGAUGAUUGCACAAUCUCUGAGGUGAUACCACCCUCCAAGCAAAGCUCUCUUCAUCAAGCUGUUGACUAUAUCGAUGCAUGGUCUCAAGAAAAUCGAUUACAAUUGAAACCAACUAAGUGUAAAGAA